AUGCUACACCUCAUGGCGGACAGGAGCGCGCAAGUCAUCGCCGUGGCCAUUCUGUUCUUGGCUUUGACGUGGCUUGCGGUCGGCCUGCGGAUUUACUGCCGGACGUUCCUGGUUCGGUGUAUUGGUAAUGAUGAUAAGGUGAUGGAAAUGCUCUUGGUCCUGUUCACCGUCUAUCUAGGUUUACAGAUUUACGGCGGCACGCGUGGGAUAGGUCUUCUCGAUGUCGACCUGACCCCCCAGAAGAAACUCGAAUCCCUCAAACUGUGGUGGGUACUGGAACUCCUCAACGUCUGCUCAACCUGCCUGCUCAAAAUCUCCGUCGGCUACUUCCUCCUCCGAGUUGCGAUAGAACGACCGCACAUCUUGACGAUAUGGCUUUUGAUGGCGGGAACAGUGGUCUUCGGGACGACGUACCUUCUCAUGGUCGCAUUUCAGUGUCGACCCGUCCCUACAUACUGGGAGGAAGGGCCGCGCACACCCGAAAAGUGCUGGCCGCGGCAGGUCAUCCUCAUCAUGACCAUCGCAGCGACGGUGAUCAACACGAGCGCGGACUUCAUCUUCGGCACGCUCCCGUGGUUCAUCGUCCGAUCCAUGAACCUGCCCCUAGGGACCAAGAUUGUGGUCGUCGUACACAUCAAACUGAUCAAGGCUCUGCAUGUAGAUGAGACUACCAACUUCGCAAUAUGGAGCACCGUCGAGCCAGGAGUCGGCAUCAUCGCCGCCUCCAUCGCCACCUUACGGCCCCUCUACAAACUCGUGGUGACCCAAAUGCGCCGCACCGGCUCCAGCGGCUUCCGGAGAGACCAACGGCGCCAACGACAACAAGCCCGGCGAAACGAGACGAGCCGCCAGGUCAGAGCGGCACACAACCUCGACCUCGAGAAUCCACCACCAACCGACACGGCCCUCACGUCGCCCCAAGGCAUCUUCGAGGUCAACCCACCGCCGCUGCCUCCGCUCAGCAAGAACACCAACUCGACGCUGAAAUCCAGGACGACGACAGACGGCGGGGACCGUCAUAGCCACAGCACGCGCCGUACGUUGACCCUGAUGGAGUUCCCUCCGGCAUUACGGUUGAGCGACGACUUCCGCCGGACUAUGCAGCGGCCGCCGGAAGAGUGGCUCGCAAUCAUAAGGGCCGAAGAAGCCAAAGACCCAAAAGCUGAGGAAGAGGGAGACGAGCAAGACGACAGCGAUGAAGAGGAAACCGAAACCCCUCCAACUGUCUUAUCCCCUCCGCCGCCGCGAAAGUCAACCUAG